AUGGAGAUCAAACGAGUGUUGGCGAAAACGCGAGCCGAGUUCGGCAAGCAGUGCAUCUUCGACGUGCGCGAGCCGCAAAUGGACGCCACUGUCCUACCGAGACCGGCCGACAUGAACGACUACAUCAGGAGGAGUCACUGUCACGUCGGGGUGCAGCACGCCAAGCAAUUGGCGUUGCACGAGGUUCAAACGGUGAGAAGCGCGACGAGGAACACCGGAAUGUAUCACUUCGAAGGCGGAUGGCCGAAGGAUAUUAAUCCGCGAGACGAGGAGAUUACCACGAGGUAUCGACGAAGGGUCGAGAAAGACGACAAUUGGGCACCGAAGCUGCGUCCCAUGUUCGAGAUGAUGGAGCACCACGUUCUUCAAAAUGGCACGGUGAACAUUUACGAGCACUAUUUCGACGACAUGAUACCAACGCCGUUGGUGCAGCCUUUCGGUUACAGAACCGUGAACUUGUACAAUGAUCCAGAAACGCCCAAGAGACCGGUAACCAAUAUCUCCUGGUGUCCGGAUUCUGGCAACAGGAUAGUCGUAUCUUACUGCUUCUUGGACUUUGGCAAGCUGCCGGAUUACAGUAAAAAGCUAUACAUCUGGCAGGUCGACAAUCCGAACAAGCCUUACAUGGGCUUGGAGCCUUCCUCGCCGUGCGUCUGCUGCGAAUUUAAUCCCCGAGAUCCUUCCGUCCUUGCCAGCGGUCUUAUGACGGGCCAAGUCUGCAAUUGGGACACCAGAACCGGGAACACGCCCGUCCAGUACUCUCAUCUGCUGUACAGUCACAGAGAGUUCGCGAACGCGGUGAAGUGGCUGCCGACGAAGAGCAACACGGAGUUCUUCUCGACGUCGAGCGACGGGAACGCGAUGUGGUGGGACACGCGGCAGCUCCGGCAACCGGUCGAGAUGCUCAUGUUCGACUUCGAGAAUCCGAACGAGCCGGACAUGGACCGAGCGAUCGGCGUCUCCUGCCUAAACUUCGGCCCGAUGGUCGGCACCAUGUUCAUGUUCGGUCUGGAGAACGGUGUCGUCGUCACUGGCUCGAGGAAAGCGCGUACCAACGUCGAGAAGCUGUCAGUUAGGUUCAACGCUCACUUCGGCGAGGUGAAGUCCGUCGACCGGAACGUCUUCAAUCCGCUGGUUUUUGUGACUAUUGGCGACUGGAGAGCUCGCGUUUGGGCGGAGGACACCAGAGAAGACUGUCUGGUUUCCACUCCGUAUGUUAAGUAUCCAACGGGCGGCUGUUGGAACAAGGCGAGAUUCUCUGUUUUCUACGUAACAACCGACACCGGCCAACUGCAGGUCUGGGACAUUCUUCAGGGUCUUCGCGCGCCGGUCUUCACGCUCAAACUGUGCGAUGAGAAACUCACUGCUCUCGCGCCUUGCGAAGAGGGUGCUUUUCUUACGAUCGGCAACUACGCCGGCAACGUGUUCCUCGUUGAACCGAACGAGUUCUUUCAGACGUUCGACAGGAAGGACAGAGCCGUCCUUUCGGAGUAUUUAGACAGAUGCUCGAAGAUGACGAAGGCAGUGGAUCAGCGGAUAAAGGAGAUCAAGCUGGCGCAGAGGAUCGCGGCCGAGGAUCAGAAUGCGGAUCCCCAGGCCAAGGACAAAAGGAGGAUGAAGUCGAAAGUGAGCAAGGUGCGCGAGUCGAAGAUAAACAAAGAGCGGGAGAGAAGCACGCAGAAGGAGAAGAAGAAGAUCAGAGACGACGUCGCGCAUCUUUUGGAGGUUGAGAAGAAGUACUUCGAGGCAGUGCAACAGGGUCUCGAGGCCUACGCGUCCGAAACCGAUCCGGACGUGAUUCCGGUUCUGAUACCGACGGUGGCGAGGAAAGUGGAGAAGAAGCCAAAGACGUCGCGAGUAGUCGAGAAGCUCGACGAGGAGCGGAAGGUCUAUGCGAGGCCUCGAAAGUCCCUGAUAAUAGUCAAGAGAAAGCCGAGAGCCCCGUUGAAGUCGGUGCUACGUGCGGUGGAAGUGCCGAGAGAGGACAGACUGUUGAUCUCUCCUCUCGAUCUGAUGCCGGACGAGGCGAAGAAGGUGAAGAAGAAGAAACGCAAGGCGUUGUUCGUGCUGCCGCAGCCCUGCAAGGGAGAGAUCUGCAAGCCGAAGGUCUGCUGCUGGCGACCUGGCGUGAAAGCAGGAAGAAAGAGGCGAUCGAGAGGAGAGAGAAGAUCGACUUCGGGCUCUGCUGUUUCUGUUAGAUCGGCGGAUAAAUGGAGGCGUCGCGGUAUGGAAAGCAGAGCGCUCAGAGAAAUGCGAGAACCGCCUACGGUGCUCAAGGAGGAACUGCUGGAAGCCAUGGCGGAGAUUGAAAUGGCCAAGAAGCCUAGGGUUCGAUUAUCCGUGAAAGCUAGAGUUGCAAAGCGCCCGCCUGAAAAGGCAAGAGUGAUCAGAUUGGCGAAGAGCGAAUCGAGAGCGGUCGGAGAGAAGGACCUUCCAAGGACGGAGGAAGUGAAAAGGAAGAAGAGAACGAUACAGGAUCCGUGCAGCCCACCGAUGAGGAACAUCGUCGAGGAAUUGUAUCUGACUAUGUUUGGCCAAGCUGCCCGGGCAGCAUCGUCGGAGGAAAAAAUCGUGGGCAGAGAUUACUUGGAGGAGUACGAACGGGCAAAGAAACGAAUUCAUCCGCGAAUAUCGGAGUUCCGGCACAUGGAGUGA